UGGGAUUCUUUCUUUCUCCUUCCCGAAGAGAGAGAAUGGAGGGCAAAGAAGAGGAGAGGAAGGGCAGCGGAGGUGCCGGCGCAACCCCAGCCACCGCCGGCGCCUCGACCCCGGGGAUGAACCUAAGGAACCUAGUGUCGAGGGAAUACUACGGCCACAAGAAGAAGGUGCACUCGGUAGCAUGGAACUGCCUAGGUACAAAGCUUGCUUCAGGAUCUAUCGAUCAUACUGCACGUGUCUGGAGCAUUGAUCCCCAUGGCCAUCCCAAGGUUAAAGAUAUUGAACUGAAAGGCCACACAGAUAGUGUAGAUCAGCUAUGCUGGGAUCCAAAGCAUCCUGAUACAGUUGCUACUGCAGCUGCUGACAAGUCAAUUCGCCUUUGGGACACUCGAAGUGGAAAAUAUCGAGUUGUUGAACUUAGUGGAGAAAACAUUAACAUCACAUAUAAACAUGAUGGCACUGCGAUAGCUGUUGGAAACAAGGAGGAUCAGCUGACGAUAUUGGAUGUUCGGAUGCUAAAAGCUACUGGGACACACAAGUUUAAUUAUGAGAUCAAUGAGAUAGCAUGGAAUAAAACUGGGGAUCUAUUCUUCAUCACUACUGGGCUAGGACACGUUGAGGUGGUUAAGGAUCUCGACUUUCAAAAGUCCUACAAAUUGAAUGCUCAUACAGCAGGGUGCUAUUGCAUUGCAAUGGAUCCCCUUGAUAGGUAUUUCGCUGUUGGAAGUGCAGAUUCACUUGUCAGUCUUUGGAAUGUCAAAGAGUUGCUAUGCAUUAAAACCUUCUCAAAACUUGAGUGGCCUGUAAGAACAGUUAGCUUCAAUCAUACUGGAGAAUUUAUUGCAUAUGCCAGUGAAGAUCCUUUCAUUGACAUUGCCAAUGUUGAGACUGGACGAUCAAUUCAUCAUAUUCCAUGUAAAGCAGCUAUGAAUAGUGUUGAAUGGAACCCUAAGUACGACCUCCUGGCCUAUGCAGGAGACGACAAGAACAAGUACCUGGCUGAUGAAGGUGUUUUCCGGAUAUUUGGCUUUGAAACACAUAACUGAUGCUGAGUAUACUACCUUCGUGAAGUUCUCUUUGUAGAUUCACUUCCGAUCUUUAUACAUUUGUACAAUUUUGGGCGUUUAAUGUAACUUCAAUGUUAAUUCAUGUUCUGCUAGCUUGAACUGAACAGUAUUGUUAUAUUGUACCCUAUGGCUUAUGGGUGUGUUUGGUUCUUCGGAAGAGGUUUUAUAGAGUUGUAUUGAGUUGUAUUGUAUAAGCAGGUUGACCGGAUAGAUUGAAUGGGAUAAUAUUUGUUGAAAAAAAGUGUUUUGUU